UCCUCCAAGGCGCCUAGAAGGGCUCACUGCUGUGCCGUCUCUGGGGGGGGGGGCGCCCUGCACUUCCGCCUCUCCGCUGGCCAUGCUGUGCUGCCUGCGGGCGGCUGUGGCGGCCAUCUCGGCGGGUUGCGGGGCGGGCUGUGUGCGCGGCCGCUUCUCCAUGGCGAAAAGCAAGUUCGAGUAUGUGCGGGACUUUGAGACGGACGACACUUGUCUGCCCAACUGCUGGAUAGUGGUCCGGUUGGACGGCCGCAAUUUCCACAGGUUUGCUGAGCAACAUGAGUUCAAAAAGCCAAAUGAUGACCGUGCUCUUCAUCUGAUGACCAAGUGUGCCCAGACAGUGAUGCAGGAGUUGGAGGACAUUGCUAUUGCUUAUGGACAGAGCGAUGAAUACAGUUUUGUUUUCAAAAGGAAGAGUAAAUGGUUUAAAAGAAGAGCAAGUAAGUUCAUGACUCAUGUGGUCUCCCAGUUUGCCUCAAGUUACGUUUUCUAUUGGAAGGAUUACUUUAAGGACCAGCAACUUCUGUACCCACCAGGAUUCGAUGGACGAAUUGUGCUGUAUCCCAGCAACCAAAACUUAAAGGACUACCUCAGCUGGAGACAAGCUGAUUGCCAUAUCAAUAACCUUUAUAACACAGUGUUUUGGAUGCUUGUACAGCGGAGUGGUUUGACACCAGUGCAAGCACAGGAUAGACUCCAGGGAACUUUGGCUGGAGAUAAGAAUGAAAUUUUAUUUUCUGAAUUCAAUAUCAACUACAACAAUGAACCUUUGAUGUAUAGAAAAGGAACUGUCUUAAUAUGGCAGAAGGUGAAUGAGGUAAUGACUAAGAAAAUUAAACUGCCAAAGGAAUCAGAAGAAAAGGAAGUUGAAGUGACCCGGACUCGGACUAAAGUUGUUCCCCUGCACUGUGACAUUAUUGGAGAACAGUUCUGGGAGGAAUAUCCUGAGAUUCUGGCUGAGGAUAGCUGAUAUUUCUGAUGAGUGUAACUGACUGGAAGUCAUCUAUCCACUACUUGAAAUGGAAGAACAAAUGCAGCAAAGUGAGUAUGUUCUUGUAAGGAUUAUGCUAACAAGAACUUGUGUUGCUGUUCACUGGUUUUCUUGAGGUAGAUACAGAUAUAGCAGUCAUGACUGUAUACACUGAGGAGGAGGGAGGGAGUUGUUGCUGAAGUUCAUCACUGUUUAACUAUUAAUUAAUCUACUGAAGAGCAGAAACAUUUCUGCUAACAUAAAGGGACUUGCCCCAGGAGAAAUGGAAUUUGAGGGAAAUAACCUAUUUCAGUACAAAUGCUUUUAUAUGAUUAUAAUUGUAUUUCUAUAAGAAUGAUAUUACUGCUUUUAACCAUGCUGGUUUCAGAAACAUGGUGCUAGAACCAUAAUCUGGUUGGCAAGCUGUUGUUAAGGGAGAACCACAGUUGGGACCACCCAUAGAAAUGGAAAGAGGAUCAAAUAGCACUAACAAAGUCAGGUAAGUGCUGAGCUGAGUUGGUUUAUCUGCUUUUCUUCUUACAAGAACUUCUACGUUUAAGGCAAUGUGCAAUUCUUAUUAAAUGAAAAACACAAGCCCAUAAACAGGCAUUUUGCUGUGUUUUGAAAUACUGCUUGCACUUUCUUCCUUUUUCUGAGAAUGAACAGUUAGUCUGUGCAGUUACAGUAUUGGGACAGGAAGCUCCAUGAUGUAUCCUAAUUCUGAGAAAUUAAUGCUAAACAAUAAGAAUAAUAUAUAUUCUUAAUUUGUAGAAUGGCACAUACAAUUUCUGGGAAGAGGAUAUGAGGGAGUUUGAGAGACGAUUCUGUAUGAAUCAUUUUGCUGCAGUCAUUGAGAGCUGUUUCUCUGGUGGCUUGGGGUUUUUUGAUGUAUAUUUUUAAAAUCAGAAAUGUGAUUUUCUUCAGUCUUAUCUGCCAUGUUCCUACCUGGUACCUAAUUUCAGACACUGCCUGUAGAGCAACUGCUCCGGAAGUGGCAAUAUUUGGGUUUUGCAGUCUGAGUAAAGAUGAGAAAACAUUGCAACCACGGUCAUGUCUCAUGUAGGUAUUGUAUUGUUCAUUUUUUCCAGGGGCUGCUGCAUGACAGGGGAUGUGAUGUAUAGACACACAUAUACACACUCAAGGCUGUGCAAAGCUGGGUUUGCCUCUGCUGCCAGCGUUAUGGCAGUAUCAAUACAGUAUUAUGUAGGUUUUUAAUCUCAUAUAGUGUGAUUUUCUGAUUCAUGCUGUGCUUUGUCUCCUUAUGCACGCACACUGUGUGUGUCUGAACAGAGGUAUCAGGUUUUUCCAUUUAACUCAUCCUUACAACAUGCAGUAAGUAAACAUCGUAUGGAGGGAGACUUUGGAACCAAGUUAUGAAUUGGCUUCACAGCCACAGCCUUCCAUUUUUGUUAAUUUAAAUGCUGAGAGGAGAAAAAAAACUUCCUUGUGUGCUUACUGGACUUCAAGUAGGUGGUGUUCUCAUAUGUAACCUCAUAUAGGACCUCACUGCACUGAAAAAGCGGAGCUUUGUAUGGUUGGUGGGUAACUGUGUCAGCUCUAUUGCUGCAGCAGGAAGCAUGGCGCCUCCGUGAGCCAGUUACAAAAUAUUAAUUAAAAGGCGGGGGAAUCUGUUACAGUAAAAACACGCAGCAACAGUACCACAGCAUCGCCUUUCCUGUGAGAAAUGUUCCUGAGCUGUAUAGGAUGUAAUGGGCUGAAAGGAAGGCGGUGCUGCUCGCCUCGUGCGCG